AUGGAAGCGUAUUUCCAAUAUCGAUCAUUCACACCACCAGCUAAACCUAUCCAUGAACCAAUACACGAACAACAGUUAGAAGAACCAAAACGUCAAAUCAUUUAUUUAGACUUUGACGAGAAUGAUAAGAAAAACCCAAAAAACUGGUCAGGAUGGUAUAAAGCUUUCGUCAUUGGUCAAUUAACAUUCUUGACUUUAUCUUUAACAUUUGCAAGUUCAGUUUCAGCAUCUUCUGAAAAUGGUGUGAUGGAAGAAUUCGGUUGUUCAAAUGUAGCCGCUACUGCAAGUACUGGUAUAUUUCUAGUUGGAAUGGGUUUAGGUGCGAUGCCUCAAGCUCCUUUAUCGGAACUACAUGGUCGACUACCUGUAUACUUGAUAACAAUCUUAUUGGCCACCAUAUUCGAAAUCGCUUCGGCACUGGCGCCGAAUAUCGCUGGACUGUUGAUUCUACGAUUCAUCGCUGGGUUUUUCUCUUCCGCACCUCUAUCAAACGCUGGCGGGACAUUGAACGACAUUGGAGACCCAUUAUUAAGAACAGUAGCGUUCCCCUCUUUCGCAACCGCCGGGUUCGCUGGACCUAUCCUCGGGCCAAUAAUCGGCGGCUAUGUAUCGACUAAUCCAAAUUAUGGUUGGAGAUGGUGUUAUUGGAUUUGUGCAAUCUGGCAAGGAAUAGCUUUCAUAAUGUGUUCCUUUUUCAUGCCUGAAACGUUAGCUCCGGCUUUAAUCAAAUACAAGGCUAUUCAAUAUAGGAAGACUACAGGAGAAGGGAUUUGGAGAGCUCCGAUCGAAGAUGAAUCUAUACAUAAGUUAACCGUGAAAUACCUUCAAAGACCUUUUGUUUUGAUAAGCAAAGAACCUAUACUACAAUUAUUCGUAGCGUACUUGACCAUCGUUUACAUCGUUUUGUAUGGAUUCUUCUCGGCGUACCCGAUCAUCUUCCUGAAACAUGGUUUUACAGAAAGAAAUGUUGGUUUAUCGUUUAUCCCAGUCAUGGUUGGAUUUUUCGUCUUGAUGGUGGGAAAUUUAGUACAUUAUUUGAGAUAUAAGAAAUUGGUUUUUGAUGCAAAAGCUGGUAUCACGAGAAGAGGGAUUUAUGAUGGGAAAGUGGAACCUGAGGAACGGCUUGUCCCUCUUAUGGCAAGUGCUGUUUGCUUCCCCGCCAGCAUAUUCUGGUUAGCAUGGACAUCGGGGCAAGAAUUCAACGUAUGGAUACCAAUGAUGUCUGGCCUCUUAUUUGGUAUUGGACUGUUAGCGAUCUUUCAAGGGUCGAUGCAAUAUCUGAUAGACGCUUAUGGACCCUAUGCCGCUUCAGCUCUUGCUGGUUGCACUCUUGUCCGUUAUUCAAUACCAGGUCUUGUGACAUUGGCAUUCCCGAAGGCAUACGAAACAUUAGGUGAUCAAUGGGCAACAUCAUUAUUCGGAUUCCUAGGUUUGGCAUUGACUCCAGUUCCAUUCAUUUUCUAUAUAUACGGCCGGCGCGUUAGAGACAGCUGUGAAUACACUGUUAGAGAUUAA